AUGUCGGCCCUCAACUGGAAGCCCUUCGUGUACGGAGGGCUGGCCUCCAUCACGGCCGAAUGUGGUACUUUUCCAAUUGAUUUAACCAAGACACGGCUCCAGAUUCAAGGCCAGACAAAUGACGCAAACUUUAGAGAAAUCCGGUAUCGAGGAAUGUUGCACGCCUUAGUGCGGAUAGGCAGAGAAGAAGGGCUGAGAGCCCUGUAUUCAGGGAUUGCCCCUGCGAUGUUACGCCAGGCUUCCUAUGGCACCAUCAAGAUAGGCACUUACCAGAGCUUGAAGCGACUGUUUGUUGAACACCCAGAAGAUGAAACUCUACUGAUAAAUGUGGUGUGUGGAAUUCUCUCUGGAGUCAUAUCCUCAACCAUCGCUAAUCCAACGGAUGUUUUGAAAAUACGGAUGCAAGCCCAGAGCAGCACCAUUCAAGGGGGAAUGAUAGGCAACUUCAUUAACAUUUACCAGCAGGAGGGAGCGAGAGGAUUGUGGAAGGGCGUGUCCCUUACCGCGCAGAGGGCUGCCAUCGUCGUCGGUGUGGAGCUCCCGGUCUAUGACCUCGCCAAGAAGCACCUGAUUUUCUCGGGCCUGAUGGGAGACACUGUGUAUACCCACCUCCUCUCAAGCUUCACCUGUGGUCUGGCCGGGGCCCUGGCCUCAAACCCUGUGGAUGUUGUGAGAACACGUAUGAUGAAUCAGAGAGUCCUUCGAGACGGCAGGUGCUCGGGCUACAAGGGUACCCUGGACUGCUUGUUCCAGACAUGGAAGAAUGAAGGGUUUUUUGCUCUGUAUAAAGGGUUUUGGCCGAAUUGGUUGAGACUUGGUCCUUGGAAUAUCAUUUUUUUUGUGACCUAUGAGCAGUUGAAGAAAUUGGAUUUGUGACAAGUCCAGGCUGCACGAGACAGCGCUCUGAAAAC